GCGAACGCAGAGCAAAGGAAUUCAAAUAAACUAGGAUAACAUUCAACAGCAUAACACUUCUUAGCUCGUUGGUCGUGAUCGUUACAUAGUGUAGAUGUGAGUGAAGUGAAGUUCUUUCACGCAGUUGUAAGCUCGAUUAGCUUAUCGAGUGGAAAUUUGGUUUCCGGACGAUGAGGCACUCAGAAAAACUUGGCUGGAUAGAGUGAACCGCGAGGAACUAGUGCUCACAACAUUUUCACGUUUGUGUUCGCUGCACUUCACUCCCCAAGACUUUAUUAGAAAUCCCCAAAUCGUACGGUCUAUGGGAGUGAGUAUGAGACAAGUGCUUUAUAGGACUGCGAUACCAUCACGAUUCACAGAUUGCGAAUCCAGGACUACUCGUAGAAGGUCUGCUUUCUCGAAACGACCAAUAGCACAGCCGAAAGGUCGAUUUUGGAACCAUUCUACGAUGAUGGAUCAUGUGACGACUGUGUGCUGAUGAAGUCUCUAACAUUCACGUGUAUACAAGUUUUUAUGUCCACGGCAAACGUUGGUGCCAAUGAAGAAACGCACGAGAAUCUACACGUGCAGUUUGUGUGGGGAGAGGCACCACAGCGCACGCCUUUGUCCCAAAUUCUGCUACCACUGUCGACAACCUCACCACGAUUGGAACUGUCAAUUGCCACGGCCGAAAGGUCGAUUUUGGAACCAUUCUACGAUGAUGGAUCAUGUGACGACUGUGUUCUGAUGAAGUCUCUAAGAUUCACGUGUAUGCAAGUUUUUAUGUCCACGACAAACGUUGGUGCCAAUGGGGAAACACAAGAAAACCUGCACGUGCAGCUUGUGUGGGGAGAGGCACCACAAUGCACGCCUUUGUCCCAAAUUCUGCUACCACUGUCGACAACCUCGCCACGAUUGGAACUGUCGAUUGCCACGGCCGAAAGGUCGAUUUUGGAACCAUUCUACGAUGAUGGAUUAUGUGACGACUGUGUUCUGAUGAAGUCUCUAACAUUCACGUGUAUACAAG